AUGGAUCAGUACGCGACUGAGAUUAUCUACGUCAUUUCAGAGGAUCCUCUCACUCGGAAAGAGCUUGCCAAGACUCUCAGUACUCGUCUGGUGUCCAAGCGGACCGCGUUCCGGUCGAGAUUAUGUUGUGCAGAGAAGGCUCGUCUUGGAGUUGAGCAUCACUACUGGAUGGAGGAUAUGGGUGAUGCAUUCGAUGUCUUUGAUGUCAUUAGCAAAGUUGACGGAGAUACAAUUCGGCCGUUAUACUCUGACAGUGCAUCAGUCACGCCGGUGGAAGCCCUACUUGAGAACUCUGUUCAGCAGCCCUUCGAGAAGUCCCUUCCACCAUGGCGCGUGUUUAUGGUAAAUGAGCGUGUGGAAGUAGCUCAGCGAGUCCUCACUCGCACAAGUCUCAUAUUUAACUUGCAUCACGUACUUGGUGACGGCUUCACCUUGAUGAAUGCGCUUUUGGAUAUGACCAUGCCGAGUGUGAAUGAUUGCGAUGGUUAUUAUCUUGGAUCUGCAUGCUUCCUUUUGCCCUGUUAG